AUGCCAUCCAGUGGCAAGGGGAAGACGCCAUUCGAAACAAGUGUCAUCCACGGAUCAGUCUUUAAGAGAGCGAGAGAGACACUCGAGUCGCAGACGUCGCCCCCUCUUGCGGACAAGAUGAGCUCGGGGGAGUCGGGCUCGGCCGUUUCCACUUUCCUACGGGACCUGCUGGGCGGGAAGGACUACAGCGACGAAGACGCGACGCGACUACAGAUCCGACGACCGUCACGCCUCAAGACACUGUUCACUACCAUUAUUGGCGUGCUGGAAGAGAGCGAGCAGGUUCGGGCGUUGGAGGCGCUCAUUAGUCUCGUACGCAGCAGCUGCGGCAAUGUCGAAGCCUGUUCGACGGCUGGUUUACAGCGUGAGAUCCUGACGUUCCUGAGUGACCGCGGUCUGUUUGCCGACCCGAGGUUUCCGCAGACAGUGCUCAAGAAACUGCUGCGCGUGUUUCUCUACUUGGCUUACCACUCGGUGAGCAUUGACGACAUUCAGGCCAUGCUCGCCGUGUUUCGUAGCAGACGCAUGGUGCACGAGGCACCUGAUGAUGAGGCCGUGAGCUGCUACUUGGCGACGCUCGAGAUGAUUGCGCGCGACUCGUUUGGGCCCGCAUCCUUUUUUGACUUGAACGGCGAGUUUUCGGGAUUGUUGAUGCCUGUACUACCAGCGUUCCCCAGCAACGGGUAUACGUUUUGUGCGUGGAUUAAGUUUGAGCUGUUGCCCGAGGAAGCGGCGCCGCUUGUUACUUUCUGUGGGAAAACUGGAGUCGGUAUCAUGUGCUCCUUUGUGCGCUCGUCGCUGAUGAUUACGAGCUUUGACAAGCGAAAGAAUGACGGACACGUUGAGGUGUCUGAUCUCGUCACGCCGGGGAGGUGGCAUUUCUUGUGUAUCACGCACACACAUCGCCAGUUCCGUGGAUCGAGACUGGACGUUUAUUUGAAUUCUGAAUUACGUCAGAGCGUGCGCUUGGCAUACCCGAACACAGCACUCAUGGCUCCUGUUGUCAAGGCAUAUCUGGCUAUGCGCGAAAGCAAUGGAUCUAACUCUCUACGCAUCUUACUCGGGCCUACAGCGCUUUUCGGACAAGCUUUGCCAGCCAGCAUUAUCAGCAACAUCAGCAGCGUCGACGAGUACGAUGCGCUAGUGUUUCAGUUCAACUCGUAUAUCUCGUCGUCGUCCACGUCAUCGAGUGGUGGCGUUAAUGGGUCAACUGGGGCUUCCGGAGGAACCAGCGGUGCUGGAAGCUCGACCGACGGAUUGCUGCUUGCCUAUGAUGCCCGGCACUGCGAUCGACUAAAAGGGAUGUGCUAUGAUUCGAGUGGCAAUGACUUCCAUGCGGCUGCUGCCAGUGCAGGAGUUCGACUAAGGCAUGCAGGGACAUUCAAGCAAGCAGUGGCACAGCUCGGAGGUCCGCUUGUCUGUCUUCCGCUACUGGUGAUAUCUACAACUACGGUUGUUUCGACGCCGAAUGAUACAGCAACCAGUCUGAACGGAGAUGGCAAAUCAGAGCCAUGUUCUGCCAAAAGUAACGAUCUGUCAAGACUGAAUGUGGUUUUGGCGACCCAAUUCGACGAGGAUUCAGGUUUUCUCCGACAAAUGAGCGAUCUACUCGCUCGUCCGAUGGGUGUCCACAGCAUUCCAAAGGUCGUACUUCUGAUUGCAGAAAUCAUGCGCCAUUCACUAGUUAACAAAUUUAUCUUCCGACGCAGCCAAGGCGUGCGCCUUAUGGCAUUGCUGAUGCGCUCAUUGCCACCAGAGUACUUGACAUCCGAUCUUCUGAUCGCAAUUGAGCGAUUGCGCAGCGCGGUAAUGUCGGAUCGCAUUCUGGCGGACGAGAUUUAUAAAUUUCUGCUGUUCAAUUUUCGGAUAUGGGUGAACGCCCCCGUUGAUCUUCAAGACACAUUGUUUAACAAACUGGAGAUUUUGACACGUAAGGACAGCAAAAACUUGUCCCCAGCUUCUACACGUCACUUCGUGCGCUGUCUGUCGUGGAUUUACUGGAAGGUUCCUACUGCAACGACCCUUCGACGCACUCGUAACUUUACUUCAGAGGAAAUUACUCUAUUACGAAAGCGUUUGUUGGCGAUGAUCCGGAUCGUGUUGUGUGAAUCUCCCGUAGCAAAGAACGUUGGUUCGGUGAUGCCGUUUCCUGGGAAAGGCAAGGAGGUGAAGUCUCAGCUGUCGUACGACAGCACGCGAUGCCUUAUCUUCUGCAUGAUUGGCAAGCCUAGCAAUCCCAUGAUCCCAGGAAUAAACAUUGAUGGGACGCCGACCGUUCAGGAGAGUAGUCCACCAAAUGGGACAUCAUCGUCAGCAACCGUCUCGUCCUCGUCAAGUUCCAAGACCGUGUCCGAGGGCGACCUCGACGGGGGCGGACCUGUCAUCGAGAACGUGCCAGAAAUGGAUUUGCCCGACUUGCUGCAACUAUUGAUUGAGUUAUCGGUACAGUCCUCAGCCCCGACAGGAAUGCUGGACCUCUUUGGUCGCUUGGGCGGUCUCCGUAUUUGGCUGCCACUGUUGAAGUUUUCGAAUGAUGUGAUCCGUGUCAUGACUCUGCGUUUGCUACGAACGUAUCUGUUUUUGAAAUGCGGGUGUGCUCAAGAUCGUGAGUUGCCCAAUAAAACGGACAAGAUACAACUUUCUGUCGGAGAUGCGUAUUUGAUCAUGCAUUCGCUUAAACCUGACGAGAGGCCUGUAUCUAUGGGGGUGUACUCGGAAAUUCUGCUCAUGAUUCUGGGAAUCCAAGUGACAGAAGAGAAUAUGAAAGCGUUAGAUGGAAAAACGGCAGCAUACGAUGGACUCAUCGACGAAAAUGUGCUAGCCACUGCGACAAUUUGGCACAAUAAUAUGAUGCCUGCUUUCUUGGGGCUCUUGCGCGCUAGCACUGUCACAGUUCGUAUGGUUGCUAUCCGCCACCUAAAGAUUGUGUUUGCGUCGUCCACUUUUGCCAGCGCGAUCAACCGCCAUGUUCUAAUUUUCGGAAGUAUAUCAAAUAUGGAUGGCACAGCGACUGAAUCGUCAACGACAGAGCAAGUCCCCAUCAUUGAGGCUAUUCUGAGUCUUCGUGGAGAUCAGCAGCUCCAACACGAGUCUUCACCAUCACCACCAUCAUCGCUUUUCGGUAUAGAGCUGCGCGGAUGCCCUGGUGUCACCAUGAGUCGACUUCGAGACAUGGUGCUGAACACACAGGAACCGGAUGAGGUUCGCAUAAAUGCGCUGUACUCCAUUAUCACCCAGGACGAUGUUGACUUCGUGCGUGGUCUAUUGGCGCUGCACGGGGAUGGCGAUCGCAAGAAGCAAGGUAUAAGCGCCAGCUGCUUCAAUGAUAUGUCAAGCCGCAUGAAACUAGCGCUUGUGGAACUAAUGGCUGUGUUCCAGCCCAGUGGGUGUGUGGAUUUUAUUACGCACAUGUCAUACGACGUCAUCUCGUCCAUGAUCUGCUUGGAAGUAAAAACGAAUGAAAUGGCAUGGUUUUUACUGCAGGACCCGUUUACUGCUCUAUCGCGCUUUAUUACUUCGGCAGAGGAGUUAGAGAUGGUCGUCGUGUCAUUGCUCAAGACCACACUGGACAAAAUGAAUGAAAUGCUUUCGGCUGAAAUGAAUUUGCGCAUCAACGAAGGUACUCCAUCGCGCGAGUCUAUUUUGUGGCGGAAUGCUGAGAGUUUAGCAUCGCUGGCAGCGGCUGUAGUACUGCACUACGACCCAGAUACUCUGGGAAACGUUGAUCCCAGUAGGAUGGCGAGUACAUGCAGCGAAGUCGCGACCCAUUCUUUAGUGUUUUGGAAAUGCGAGCGAGCCAUUUGGCACGAGGCUGAGCUUGUGGACUCAAUUUUAGGCAUCUGGCAGCAUUUCGCAUCUCAUUUCCACUCAGAUUCCGAUGCCAGCUUCGCGCGGCGAUCCAGCAACGCUCAAAUCCGCCGUGGUAGUACAGCUUCGCGCUCGGUCGAGAGCGGCUUGCAAAGUCCUCCAUCGCUCGGCUCCUCUGCACGUUCCAAUAGCAGUGCAAGUAUGCUCGGGUUCGGCUUCAAUCUGCUACCUAGCGGAGGUGGUCCUAACACACCUGUGUCCAAUCCGUCACCGGCACUGUCGUCAGGCAGCAGUAUUAUUUCCGCUCGUCCUCACCCCGGAGGCCCGAUGCGCCAAAUUUUGCAGCUCUUACUGCGUUGCUUGUACCUCGUUCUCAUAUCCGAUGACUACGCCGCAUCAGCUUGCAGCGAUGACGUCGAAAAUGAUGAACUCUCAUCGGUAAAGCUGCGGCUUCCAGCCAACUCGGUGUUUUUCGCACGCAUUAACAAACUGGAGUAUUUUAUCAACGCAAUGGGCUUGGGUCACGAGACCGCGCAAUUUGACUCGAGCUUCGCGCCUUCUCGCUCCGGUUCGAAUGGCAUGACAACAACGGCUGGAUUAGUCACAGCAUCUCUGUGUGUAAAGUCUGUCCCUGGUGAUGAAACAACGCUCCUCUUGUGGCUGAUUCCAGAGCUCUCUCUGCUGAUUGACCGCGUUCGACAGAAGUGCUGGUCCGAGUCGGCAGUUAAGUUAGCAAGCAUUCUGGCGUCUCUGGUGUCCGUGCCUCUGCGUUCGUCGGACGAACUUGGCGAGCUGCUUGCUCGGAGCGACUUCACCGCGAACAACCAAGAGGUUCGUCGUCGUGAUUGCUUUUACCACGAACAGAUGGCGCACGCACGUGAUAUUCGCGCUUUACGUCGGGUCAGUAUGUUCGACGAGGAAGCCAAUGAAAAGAACCGAGCAAAGACCGAGCUGGAGCGAAUCAGCAAAUUCACUCGCUCUGCACCUCCACUAAGCGGGUCUUCUAACGAUAGCGAGGAUCACGUUUGGUUGGAACGUGUAAAGGCCAAAGAUAUUGACGACUGGAUGAAACUUCGGGUGUUGGCGAAAUGGGGCGUUCGUCACGUUUGGGGUGGGAAAGAAGAGGCUACUUUGAACUCUGUAGGUGACAGUACCAUCACUGGCCUUUGGGGCGACAAUGAGUUUUGGCGUGUAGAUAUCUACACGUCCAGCAAUUGGAUCCGUUGUCGUUUGCUCCCAGAUACAGAUGACACUGUUUCUUAUCACUACAAUGCGGAUUUUUCUGCGUUGAGUCUGAAGCAAGAUAUGGUCAACAAUAUGCCGGACGAAUUGGUAAUGCCGGUGGCGGAUUCGAUCGUCGUAGAUGGUGCGACUCUUGUGGCAUCAGGUGAUUCGAUGAAUCAGGCGUUUGAGGAAGAGGAAGAAGAAGACGAGACCCGCACUGAUAGCAGUGGUGGAGACGGAUCCGAAUCUGUGGACAAUGAAGAUCCGGGGUAUGUCGGGAUGGCGCGGCGCCUCAGUGACGUGGGGUACCUAGAUGACGAUAACAAUGCAACACAACAGGAAGGUGGUGAUAGCCGCAGGGACAGAGCACUCUCGAUGCUGCGCGAUCGCAUGCGCAGCAGCAGCAGCGUUAGAGAUGUCGCACGUUCAUCGCUGCACUUGGAAAUUAUAGGUCUUAAUUCAGAUCAUGAAUCAACUGCACUAUUGGCACCGCUACCGCCACCGCCACACGAUUUCGAUGAUGCUGCUAAAGCUAUGACGAACGAGUCUAGGGAGCGUCGUGCUGUCUCUGUGGACGUGGCUACCACUGUCAAGUCAGCAAAGGGUCGCAUUGGCACGAUAUCAACACGCUUCUCUUCUGGUAUCAAGCGUUUGGCAGGUACACGGUCAGCCACUUUGUCAGGAUCGACGGGACAGGAGAGCUCAGGUUAUGAUAGAAGCGUCUCGAGUAUUUCGGAUGAAGGCGGGGUUACGCAAGAUUCGCAGGAUUUAGCAUCCCCAGAUACAAUGGAAAGUGAAGCUGCGGCAUCCCCAAGCAAGGAAAGUACUAAACCUGCCAGCCCGAUGGAACCACCUUUGUCAGGCCCUGCGUCGUCAUCGCGAGUGAUCAAGAAUUUUCCUAGUAAGCAUGACCACUGGAAAACGUUAGGAGCACCGUACCGUACUAAGGCGUACCUUGUUCUGCCGUCGGGCGUUUUGGUGCACGGGGCCCUACGUAUCGGCGCAGCGACGAUUGUCUUCGAAGGUGAGCGCGUGGUAACACUGCGCGGCAUUGCUGACGCGUUUAAGUCAAAUGAGGAUGGGGGUGUUGCUGCUCGGCAGCGCAGUGCACAGCUCCUUCACGAAACAUACGUGUCGCAAUUGAAACGUCGUGUGUGGGGCGUUCGUGUCAUUCGUGUGAUUCACCGACGGCGUUUCCUCAUGGAAGGUCAGAACGGCCUUGAAAUCUACUUCGUGGAUGGCAGUUCGUGCUUCUUCGGACUCGAGAGCUAUGGGGAAGCUGAUCUCGUGUACGCUAUUUUACGAGAGCGCAAACCCCCGUGUCUUGCAAAGUGGGGCAAGAGAUUGUUGACAGCUGAGAGAAUGUUUUCAAAGAGCAAGUGGACCGAAAUGUGGGUUCGACGUGAGAUCAGCAAUUUUGAAUACCUGAUGGCACUGAAUGUAUCAGCGGGCCGUUCUUACAACGAUGCCUCGCAGUACCCUGUCUUUCCAUGGGUGAUCAAGGAUUAUGAGUCUUCAGAGCUCCGUUUAGAUGAUGAAGACGUGUAUCGGGACUUACGUCGACCGAUUGGUGCACAAACGCCUGAAGGUAUUCAGCGUGCGCGAGCAACUUACGAGGGCUGGGAUCCGAAGAUGCCUAUCCCAGCAUGUCACUACGCGAACGGGUACUCGCAUUUGCAGUCUGUGUUAUACUUCUUAAUCCGGCUUGCACCUUUUACUGGAGCUGUUCUGGGUAGCGAGGAGCAGCGGUUCUACCACAAGACUGCUGGAGAACCAACGUUUGAUUCAAUGCUUGAUGCAUUUCGGAUGUGCACUAGUGACGACCGUCACAUGUUUGAGCUGACGCCAGAGUUUUUCUACCUACCGGAGUUAUUUUCAAGCGCCCGAAACAAAAUUUUGGCGCGCCACUUUAGUCCAGGACAGAGCAUCAGUGCGACGGCAUGUCUGGCGCGUGAAGUAGCACUACCUCCGUGGGCUGCGUCGCCAUACGAAUUUGUGCGACUUCACCGUUUGGCCCUUGAGAGCGACUUUGUGUCGAGCAACCUCCACCACUGGAUCGAUCUCAUUUUCGGAUUCAAGCAGACGGGUUCACCUGCUGUCGACAGUUUGAACUCAUACCAUAUCGCCUGCUAUCCGGAGCGCCUGGAUCUUUGUAGCUCGAGCGACGGUGUGCGAGCGAAACUCGUUCAGCGGGGGACUGUGCCUAUACAGCUAUUCCGGAAGCCACACCCGGCAAGAAUGACUCAAGAUAAGUCACUUGAGGCACGAUACCCAGCCUCGCAUAGCAUGGCUGUGCUCUCAUCGCGUCGACAGGUCCGUCGCCACGACCUUCCGUCGAAGCACACUGCUGCCAUAAAGAGCGUCCGCUUUUCCAAUGCUCUGAAUCAUGCAGCGGCGCUUACUGCGCUCACUGGAUCCGGUCCCGGACUCGGCAGUGGCACCGGCAUGGGAGCCCACAGCACUGGCAGUAACGACCAUGGAGUUGUUGUGUACACAACAGAUAGCGAUGGUGUUGUGUUGGCAAAACGCUACUUGAAUUCGGUUCCCGAUACGGUGCGCUCUUGCCCAUUCUCAAUGGUGGACGUCGACCAGUGGUGGAAGCUUCCCGCAGGUUGUCUCGUAAACGAAGGAGUAGUGUUCUAUGAGCAAAUGAUAAGUUGUGGGUACUGGGAUGGCAGCUGGCGCAUUCACUGGGCAGCUGAUGGCGAGCUUUUGCAACGAAUUGCUUUCCACAAAAAGCCUAUUUUGUGUAUGGCACGAAGCGAAGACGAUUUUACCGGUGAUCUGGCGCUGGCUUUUGGUAGCGAAGAUUGCACUGUCUCGGUUUGGGCUCUGUCGAAGCUUUCGGCGUCUCGCUCUCGGCGCCUUUUUCUUAAAAAGGAACUACCUGUUGGUGGUUUGCCGUGGGUUUCUCUAGUGGGUCAUACGAGCCCAGUCGUUGCCGUGGCGCUCAAUGUCGACUUGGAUGUUGUUGUUAGCGCCUCUAAGGACAACGUACUUCUGCUGCAUUCGCUGCGCGGGUCUACUCCUCUUCACGCCUUGGCGCUCACACCCGGACCGAUGGAGUCGUCUGUUGUUGCUCACAUGGUCAUUUCGGCACAGGGCGAUACGCUGGUUCACUCCAUCACAACUCACAGGACGCAGUGGAGUGGCCGAUACUCUCGUGCAAGUUCGAUCUUCUCGGACGACAAGGCCAGACUCACGGUUGGCGAAGGAAGUGCUAGUAGCAGCAUGGUGGCUGGUAGUUUGUCCAGCAACGGGUAUGUCGCUACCAACGAACAGCUGCAGCAGCAUGACGACUCCGACAAGCAGUCUGAGCUUUACAUGGUAUCUAUCAACGGUCACGUGAUCUCCCACGACAAACUUGUUACAAGUGGUGACAAUGAAGAAACUACGGAAGAUGAGAAGCCUCCGAUACCACAUUUGGUGCUGGAUCGUGGUGUACUAUUUACCCGUUCAGGCGAAUAUUUAAUCACGGCGUGUGCCGGUGCGGAAGCAGCGAUCGAAGUGCGUGACGCUGGUAUGCCUCGGUCUGUGGUUCGACGUAUCGAUUGCAAGCGCGCAGGAGCUGAUUUGACAAGUCUGAGCGUUGGACAAGAUGAGCGCUGUAUUGUGUGCGGCUAUGCUGAUGGAGCUGUGGUAGCCUAUGCUCUACAUUUCGGUGUUGCUGAUGGCUGCAAGAGUCUCGUGAGACUCGAUAGGCAAGCACGGGAACGCGAGCGUGCCGCUCUUGCACAGGCUACUAAGCGCGAGUUACUGCGGAACAAAAGGCGAGAGGAGUUCUUGCCUGCCUUUUUGCGCGGUAAUGGUGGCAGUGAAGGCACCGCUCUUUGGUCACGGCAGGGAAAGUCCGGCAUGCCGAAAGAGCCGUACAUGACGCACAUGCAGGAGCAGUUCUUGCUGCUUAAACAAAACUGUGUGAGUGGUGAUGAACAGUACGAGAAAUUGCUUGGUGACCUUUGGAUGGCAAUUUACUCGCAAUCUCCAUUCAAAAACGAUUGCGAAGCUUCGACUCUCGAGCAAAGUUGUCCUGCUGCGGAACGCAAUCCGUUGGGCGUGGGCGGCUACGACCAGGCAGUUAGUGAUGAUGUUGCUACUGACUUAGCUACUGGACUACAAUUUGAACGAGUUGGCGAAUCAUGGAGCCGAUUAGGUUUCCAGCGUCCGGACCCGACGACAGAUUUUCGAGCUGGUGGCAUGCUGAGUUUGAACUGUCUGGUGUACUUCGCAUCACGUUAUGCUUCCCAAGCCGUGCGCAUGGUGACCAGCCAGGUACCUGGAUCACACGACCACACCUAUCCAUGGGGUCCUGCAGGUAUCAAUGUAACGUGCAUGGUGGCGCGUCUAUUCUGGAAGUUUAAUGGUGAGCUCGUCCGCGAACAACAAAGCAACUGGCCACUGUUCUACGAUAAUGAGGCCUUCCAUCUGCUCUUUUCGGAAGUGUUUGUGCUUUUCGACUACCUCUGGCACGAGAUGAACGCCGACUACGGCAAUUUUUCCAUGGUCAUUCAAACUACAAGCGAUCGAGUCAUGGACGUUCUCGAAGAGGCCGAGGGCGAUAUUAAUGUGGUGCUGAUAGAGCUGCGCUCGCAGAGUGUGCCGGCAACAAUAGGGAAGCAAAGACGCGCAUCUUCGCGCUCGAUGGAGGACUUCCUUACAACUAUCAACACAAACAUUACCGACGCUUCGGCUGCUGUCAAGGAAGGGAUUACGUCCUCAGAUGGCACAAAUUGCCCGUCAUCAACGCCUCCAAGAAAGUCGCCACGCUCCUCAUGGUCAUUUGGUGCUCAGGUCUCGCAAUCCGUCAAUCGAUUGAGUCUAGGCGCCAUCGGCUCGCCAAGUUCAUCUACCGUGACAGCAGAUACUGUUCAUGUGCCAAGCGUCGGGGAUAGCAGUGCACUGAAGCUCGCACCAGUUGCUACAACCGAAACGUUGCUACCAGACGUGGACGACCCUUUUGCUGGCAACGAUAUCUGUGGAUUCGAAGAGAAGCCGCCACCGGUGCAGAGCGACGACCCCUUUGCGUGUUUAAUGUGA